UAGCCAAGCAGCACCACUUGCUACAAAUCGCGUCCUCGUCGGACAUUCCACAUAAAACCUGGAACUACCUUGCUAGUUUCCUUCCUCUCACUCUCGAUGAGAUUGCUGAACGGCGACGGCCCGAUGUAACUUGCGAUUCUCACACGCGGCUGUGCCUAGGCAGUGGUCCGGUUUCAGUCGGCUCUUACUUUCGUUUUCUGUUACUAGCGGGCUAGUCCGCCAACCCGUCACACGGCUAGUGUCGCUGUGAAGCCAUAGAAUUUGGAUGUCUGGGUAAACCCAUAUUUGCUUGAUCGAAUCCUAUACCUCCUCCUUGUUCCACAGCAGAAGCUGUGCCAACAAAACCGAGGACAUACCGGUGAGACCACAGACUACUCUGGACACCGAAAACGGCACCCUUCUCCCGACAAAUACUGCUCACGGGGAACCGAACUCUGUAGUCAAAAUGAGCCAUGCCGCCUUUACGGAACGGGACAAGCCCCAGUCCAACCACCCCGAAUCACGGGUGCUCAUCAUCAUGACUGGGGGUACCAUCUGCAUGCAGCCGUCUGUAGAUGGGUUGGUACCAAUGACUGGUUUCCUCGAGAGUGCCAUGGCCCCUCGACCGUCGUUUAACGAUAAUUCAACCCCUCCAGUCAAGCUCCACGCUUACAAGAAUGGCGUCGAGUUCGAACUUGACAGCCUUCGCACGCCUCUGAGUGCCUACUCGCGACACAUCCGGUACGGUAUUCUGGAGUUCCAGCCUCUUCUAGAUUCCAGCUCCAUCUCGUCUUUCGGCUGGACCGAGGUCGCUCUUACCGUGAAGGAGAAUUACCAUCUCUUCGACGGCUUCGUUGUCCUUCAUGGAACCGACUCUCUUUCCUAUACCGCCUCUGCCCUGUCGUUCAUGAUGUCUGACCUGGGGAAGCCGGUCAUUCUCACGGGUUCCCAGGCAUCCAUCUUCGCGCUCCAGUCGGAUGCAGUAGACAACCUCCUGGGGUCACUUAUCAUCGCGGGGACCUUUGUUAUUCCCGAGGUCUGCCUGUUUUUCCACCACAUGCUAUUCAGGGGCAACAGGACGACCAAAAUCUCGGCCUCCUCCUUCGAGGCCUUUGGCAGUCCAAAUUGCGACCAGCUGGCCAAGGUCACCAGCCUAGGGGUUGAUGUGAAUUGGUCUCUGGUGCGAAGGCCGACAAGAAUCGCCGAGUUUCAAGUUACCAGGGCCCUAGACACGGCCCAUGUUGCUUGUCUCCGCAUAUUCCCCGGUAUCACGCCGGAGAUGGUUGACUCUGUCCUUAGAGCGCCGGACCUGCGGGGCCUUAUCUUGGAGACCUUUGGCAUGGGCAAUGCACCCGGAGUCGUUGAUGGGAGCCUGACAAAGGUAAUCCGGGAGGCUGUCGAGCGGGGCAUCGUUAUUGUGAACGUCAGCCAAUGUACGAGCGGCUCCGUAUCUCCUCUCUACGCCCCUGGAACAGCAUUGGGCAGAGCGGGUGUGGUCUUUGGCCACGACCUCACCACCGAAGCUGCACUGACAAAGCUCUCCUACCUCCUGGCCCUGCCAAAUCUCCGGUAUGAGGAAAUAGCCGCCAGGAUGUCGCAGUCACUCCGGGGCGAGAUGACAGAGUUGACCCUCCCCUCCUUCUCUCACCCGGGCGGAAGCGUGGACGCGGCGGCGGCGCGGCUCACACCAGCAGAAGCCGCAUUCUCGGCCCUCGGAUACGCCAUCCGAGACGGGGACCUGGCCGCCGUGAGGGAGAUCAUAGAAGGCGAUGAGGUAAACCAUCAGCUGCUGAAGAGAACUGAUUACGCCGGAAACACUGCCGUGCACCUCGCCGCCGUGGGACCGGAAAAGGAGGUUAUGCGAGAACUCCUGACUAGGGGCGCGAGCGUCCACGUGAGGAACAGGGCCAACAACACAUCGCUCUUUCUGGCGGAGAAGAUUGGGAACCAGGAGUGCGUGGAGCUGCUCAAGGAGGCAGGGGCCCGCCUCUGGGAAGAAGAGCAUCUAGUUACCAACUUGGAAACGCAUUCAAGGGUUUAGAACGACUGGACCGGCGUUGACAAAAGGCACACAUAUGGUUCUCCUCCAGCACGGCGCUUUUUAGACGGCAGUCUGAAUUUCACUAUUAUGUGAAUCUACCUACG